GCUUAGGCUAACUCUUCUUCGUUCAUAACUUCUUGGUCUCACUACACCGUUAUGGGCAAUAACGGCGAGUUUGGACAAGUUGGAUUCCAAACCAAGGAUUACCAUGAACCACCUCCGGCGCCCUUGAUUGACUCUGGAGAGUUCACCCAGUGGUCUUUCUACAGAGCUAUAGUCACCGAGUUUGUUGCUACCCUCUUGUUCCUCUACAUCAUUGUUUCAACGAUUAUUGGGCACAAUAGGAACCAAAAGAACUGUGAAGGUGUCGGCCUUUUGGGAAUCGCUUGGGCUGUUGGUGGCACCAUCUUUGUCCUCGUUUACUGCACUGCCGGAAUCUCAGGAGGUCACAUAAACCCAGCAGUGACUUUUGGGAUGUUCCUGGCGAGGAAGGUGUCCCUUCCCCGAGCCAUUCUGUACAUGGUGGCUCAGUGCGUGGGGGCCAUCUGUGGAUGUGCGCUCGUGAAGUCAUUCCAAAAGCCCUACUAUAAUUCGUUGGGAGGAGGAGCCAACGUAGUCUCUGAAGGGUACAGCAAGCGCACCGGACUCUACGCUGAGAUAAUUGGAACGCUUGUUCUUGUAUACACCGUCUUCUCGGCCACCGAUCCCAAAAGAAAUGCCAGAGACUCCCACGUCCCUGUUUUGGCUCCACUUCCAAUUGGGUUUGCCGUGUUCAUAGUCCACUUGGCCACCAUCCCGAUAACCGGCACCGGCAUCAACCCUGCUCGGAGUUUGGGAGCUGCCGUGAUCUUGGACAAGGAGGUGUACUGGGCAGACCAAUGGAUCUUCUGGGUCGGACCCAUGGUCGGAGCCGCCAUUGCCGCCUUCUAUUAUCAGUUCGUCUUGAGAGGAACGGCUGUAAAAGCUCUUGGGUCCUUCACGAGUAGCAGAAAUAUUUAAAUUUUGUAGCAUUUCCGUUUCUUUGCGAACUUUGUACACUAGGUGUAUGUUGUCCCUUGUCUUUGUAUCAAGGAACUAAUUUAUCAUCUUCCUAAGAAUAAAUAUAUCAUCACCUG